CCGGCCAGCCAAGUUGCUUUCGACUGCGUGUGUGCACCGACGGGGUGGCAGCCAGAGCGUGCGGGGGUACGACGGGUGCGCGCAGGAUUUCCGGGGUCGCGGAGAGGGCUAGAGGGAGCUAUCGACCACACACGUAAGGCGGCGGCGGCUCUCACCCGCACACAAGCGCACACGGAUACACAACAUCGCGGACCUGUUGUCCAACUUGUUGCUCGUCCCUGCAAAGGCACACCCACCCACCACCUCCGACUCAAAGAAAAGCGUGUUUUCGAAAAAAAGAACGAACAUCGGUUGCGUUUGCGAGGGAUCAUUGCCAAAUAUCGGAACAACGCGGUGACCCUUCUAGAUGGUGCUCCGAGCUCGGGAACGAGCCCAGAAACGAUGGAAAUAUCUGCGAAGUGAAGUUGAAAAUUGAAGAGAGGGUUUUGAUAGUGCCGACCUAUCUAUUACUCCCAAUGUAUACGGAUUCAGUGAGUUUUAGGAGAAUAGAAGAAAAAAGAAGAGAAUCUAACAUCGAUUAAUAAACACAAAUUUCCACCCUCAAUGCAGUCUUGGAAAAAGAACGCAGAGGAAAGAAAAGAGAAGAAAAAAGAUUGACUGUUAAUAUGAUGUUACCUUAAUUGGAAAUUCGAAUUGCAUUUAGCGAAAAAACUGGGGAUUCAAUUCGAGUUACGAAGUUUUCCUGUGAGCCUUCCUAUGAGCCAGGAGCAAAUACACUGAGAAAGGCAAACGUUAGAGAGACUCUUUCAUCCUUAGGAUAGAACGUUCAUGCCUUACUCGAUUCGAAGGAAAUUAAUAACGCACGUCAAGUAAUUCAGAGGACCAACUUACAGAAACUCCACUAUUCAUGCAUUGAAACUUAACGUUUUAUGGAAUUGUAAAGGAAACAACGUCAGGGGAAUCAUUGGCUUAAGCUUGUAUCUGUCAAAGUAAGAAGCUCGAUUUUAUUGAUGUGAGUGGCCGGAAAUCAUUUCUCGGAUAUGUUUCGGCUUCAAUCAGUGACCAAAAAUAAAAACUCCUAGAACGACCUCCUAGAACGACCAAAAUUUGUCUUCACUGCGAGCCGAAAAGAUACACACGAUUAUUUUGCACAGAACGUCCCACUUUCAUUGACGGAGAAUAUUGUGGUCAUGAUGAAAAUAUCGUCGUCACGUUAUCUAUCUCUCAUAGUAGCGACGUCAUCAACAACAACUGAUACGAUGAAAUACUGUCACCUGCAGCCAUCAGGCGAAUGAAUACGUUUAUUGCCUUGCUAGAACGACGAAAUCCAAUCUCGGCGUGAAUUCGCGCAUAGUUUUUGCUGACGCAUGCAUUUCUGGUGGUAACGACGAGUUAUCGUGGUGGUGAAGAGUAGCUGAGGAGGAGGACGUGAGUCUAUGGCAAAAGAAGGAAGUGAGAGGAGGAAGAAAAUACGUAGACAAGCCGAAUGGCUGAUCAUAAUGUAAUAAACACACAUAGACGUGUGUGUGCGUGUGUGUGUGUAUGUUUUUGCGAGAAAUGAAAACUUGCACUCACUGAACAUGAGCGUGAGAGCGGUAGAGUCGGAGGUCAUGUAAAUCUUCUUCCACCCGUGAAUACAACGAAAGCAAUACUACAAACAAGGUAAUCAAAGAACAAAGCAAAGGGGCAAAUCGCGUGUAUAUACUUACACAUACAAAUUCAUGUGUGCGCACGCACAUAUACCCAUAUGUAUACUCAUACACAGUCUUUCCGUCAAUCCUAAAUUUCGUAUCUGUAUAAUCACCUUGUUUGUACUUACGAAAAUUCUCCGCGGAGCCUGUCGUCCAUUAUUCGAACUUGAUACGUUAUCGACCGGUGUGAUCAUUCACUUCAUCCUGAGAAAUAUUUUAAUACGAAUGUAUACGUGCACACCUAUUACAUAACUGCAGUCCCUGCACUGGCUCACUAUACAUACACACACACAUAUACAUACAUAUAUAAUUAUAAAAAAUAUAUUUAACAUUUAUGCGAAUCCCUUUCAAGCAACGACAUCUAGAGUUAAAUAGUGAUAUCGCCGGAGUAUAAAAUCGAAUCGAGCGUUUUAUCCUAUCUCGAGGAGAGUUGUCUUUUGCUCCCACUCGCCGUAGAGAAGAAUUUUGAAUGAAAAGGAUCCUGACCACAGCGAUUAGAGUUAGAGAAUAGACCGACACGUGACGAGGAUGUUGCUUCUCAGGCUUUUGCCGAGGUAAAAGUUGCGUGAGCGGCACGAACAAUUGGCGUUUCGAUUAAGCGACCGGUCGACAUCGUAUUCCUGGUGACUUCCACAGAAACAUCAAGAGGAUAAACUCAUCAUUUCGAGAAACAUUAGCAUCAACGGCCGUGUGCAUAAUUUGCCAAUUCGUAUGAUUUUCCGUCAUGAAAGAAGACGCUCAUAUCUACGCGAUAUAGGUCGACAUUUCUUGCCACGGGAACGCACUCGCGAUCGAGUGCGUUGUGCCGAACUUCCAAAUUGGCCUCGAGAAAAGCUGAUACUCAAGACCCAAGAUACUUCGCCAGGCCUCCAUUGAUCGUCGCUGGCUAAAUUUGUUCACUCGAUCAGCAGUCGUCGAGCAAUCCCCGCCAAUACCUCGAUAUUAUUAAUCCCGGUGGGAAGAUAGUAACCAGCAGCCAAGAUGCCGCGGUGCUACAUGGUAAAGAAGGCCUUGUGCAACAAGUACAUAACCAGCGUUGCCAGAGGAUUCGAGGGCUGGGGUCGUGGAAGGAGCACGCCAUCACCAACCACCAUACAGCUGCCCUUCUCGCCCAUAGAGGGGUGUGCCGCACCCUCUGUUGCACAAGAAUGCCUCAACAUACAACCAAAGAACGCAACCACCGUUACAACUUCUGUCGUUCCCGACGAGGAAUCCUCGAAAGAACAACCGAACAAUGCACACGCGAACAACGUGACAACAGUGAUAACACCAACAACAGACGUUACCAACUGUGCCACGAUAAUACCUGCCACGACAGACUACCCGACAUCUAUCACACGAAUGGAAACGACUGUCGUGGCCGUGUGCUCUACGUCUGCGACAUCUCUGACGACUUUAUCCCCGACAGUAUCAAUUGUCUCUUCAAACGAAGAGACGAAGACGACGACGACGACGGUAACGAUGACGACGAUGGCUUCCUUGCUUCCGUCGAAUGUGCAAACGGCCUCCGAAGAGUCCGAGGAAUUUAUAUCAACCUCGAACAUUAUGACGGUUCACCAACCACCAUCUGGAGAAUCGUCUCCGUCAUCAAACACGUCGACAUCGUAUCACUUAGAAAACAAUACCAGGACACAGAAUACUAUGAACUCAGAACAUUCUCAGCCUGACUCCAGGAUACGAUUAGCUUCUUCAUCCUGCGUCGCAAUACCUAAUCAUGCGUCGCCCAUGUUCAAGGACCGUUCCGCUGCAGAGACAGAGGCAGCACAUGAUCUUCUGGAGCUCUCCCGGUCGCUCCCACCCUUGCCGCCGCCGAGUGUUGCCAUCGGUCCUCAAAGCGUGAUCGAGGCACCGGCGAGUGACGUUCAGGAAAUGACAGUCUAUCAGCCAACCGAGCAGCCAAUCUAUCAGGAGAUCCUGCUGACAUAUAGUACGUCCACCAUACCAUGCACGUCCAUCGUCGCUCAGCAGCCUCAACAACAGCCGCUACCACAACCACCGCAGCAACAACAACUGCAACAGCAGCAACAGCAACAGCAGCAGCAACCACCACCAUUGCAACAGCAGCAACCGCAGCAACAGCGGAUCGAAGCUGCGGCGCCGCUAACGCCACCAAAUUCCGAAUGUAGCAGCGACAUCGAGAACAGCAACCCAAACUCGCAACCAACGCAAAAGGACAAGGAGGUGCAGACCAUCACGGAGCAAACGGAAGGAGUGAAACCAGCUAGUUAUACUUACGACACGUUGCUCGUCUCAGAUGGUAGAUCGAAAAACAGGAGCAGAAGGACGCCAGCAGCGCAAAAAAACCAGGAAACGGAAGCGGUUGAGGCACCCGAAACCUCCAAGACUGGUCGUUACGUGUGUUGCGAGUGCGGUAAGCAAUACGCGACCUCGUCGAAUUUAUCGCGGCACAAGCAGACGCACCGCAGCAUCGACUCACAAUCUGCCAAGAAGUGCAUCCACUGCGGCAAGGCGUACGUCAGCAUGCCUGCCCUGGCGAUGCACGUGCUGACACACAAGCUUACGCACAGUUGCGGCGUCUGCGGCAAGAUGUUCUCGCGACCUUGGUUACUUCAGGGUCACCUGCGUAGCCACACCGGCGAAAAGCCGUAUGGCUGCGCCCAUUGUGGCAAGGCGUUCGCCGACCGUUCAAAUCUACGAGCGCACAUGCAAACGCAUUCGGCCGAUAAGAAUUAUGAGUGUCCCAAGUGUCACAAAUCAUUCGCGCUUAAGUCCUACUUGAACAAGCACCUAGAAUCAGCAUGCCAGCGCGAGACCAAUGAUGAGAGUAGCAACGACGUCGACACGCCGUCAUAAUGCUGGGACCAAAAUGCCGAUCUGCAAGUAUGAUAUCCGAUAACGAUCAGCCAGUCGCACGUGACGCAAAUAGAAGACUGCAGCGGUGUCAUCAUGCUAAUCGGCAGUGCGUAAAGAAAAAAGAAUAGCCUGCAGCGUAUAGAUGCACACUUAGAUGUACACUUUUGCGUAUUAUGGGCUACAAAAGAGAGAAAGGGAGAAAGAGAGAAAGAGAGAAUUCAAAAGAAAAAGACGAACACACAUAGAUAUAAGGGAAACCGCUAUAUAUCUCUGAUUAUCGUGAGAAUACAAUUGGUUUCGAUUGUUUCACGCGAAAUUUAAAUCAGUCGAAUCUAUUGUCAUGUUCAAUAAUGAUAGUAAACUCUCCUUUUAUCCUCGCGGGGAUAUACAGUCAAAAGGAAAAGUCACUCGAUUUAUUGUGAGAGAAAUUCUAUUUUGAGUAGUAAAUUUGUUAAAACAUGAACACGUGUGAGUAUGGAACCAUGAAAAGGCCGGAUAAGAGUGCAGAGAGAAAGAAAGAGAAAAAAAGGGACAGAGAUUCACUCUUUUGUACGCGAUAGACGACAAUUGGACAUCGAAUCUCCGGUAGCAUCCAAUUUCAACGGAUAUCUUUCAGUAAACACAAAAUAAUUAAAUUUAUUCGGCGGCUUUGGAUUUCUCACGCUCUUUCUCUUACGGCAAAAAAAUUUCUUCGGAUAUUUUACUGCGUCACUUCUUUUCGUUAAAACGCGUUCGGAUAUUUUUAGAAUAAUUUUUUUGGUUCUCUCCCUUCCUCAGUGCGAAAAGAACGAGAAAGAGAGAUUCUCGCGAAUUACGAAUCGUAGACAACCAUGACAAACAGCUCUCGUCAAAUAACGUCUAAAGAACGAAAAGAACUGCGAAGACGGUAUAUAAAAUAUGCAGAUGUAUAUUGUAAAAGUGAAAAUAUAAGAUCAGGAAGGGGGAAACUCUUGAGGACAACAAAGACGCGCAAUAAUAAUUAGCGAAAUAACGAAAUUUCCAAAGAAUGUUUGCGGCUAUAUCAGGGGUGUCAAAUUCGACUCUUAUGUACCAUAAAGCUGCUUAAAGGAUGAAACAAAGUAGAAGCGCCGCAUCCUAACCAAAUGAUUACGCAGAUAUUUUUCUCACGACGUAUCUUCAAGCCAUUACAAUGUUAAAGUACAAUAUAAAUUAGCGCAUGAUAUAAUAAUACUGCGCUUUUUCACUCUGCUGUACCGCCUAGAUACCAACGGACAACUACACGCCAUUAACUUGAAUCCUGACUUAAACCGGUUUGUUUUUUUUUCUUUGGUCCUUUCAGGAUUAGAACUAAACCGAACGAAAAACUAAUCAGACUAAAAUCAGACUAAAAUAAAAUAAAUCAGUUUCGAUAAAAUCUAUCAUCCGUUUCUUGAUCAUUUUUCGGAAAAUGACGAUGUACGUUAGUUAAAUCUCAUAUAGGACGUGCUCGAAUUUGUUUGUAAAAUUAUGUUCGAUUCUACUAGAAGGUUUUUCUUAAAGUUUUAUUUAUUUACAUCGCAAAACUUUUACGACUUCAAAAUUACCGAGAUUCUGUUUUAAUGUACAGAAAAGAAUGAGGGAGAGGAGAGAGA